AUGCCAGCCAACCGCUGCGAUGUCUACGAGAAGGCGGAGGGCUACGAGGAUAGAAUCUGGGCCUAUUCAGCUGGUUCUCUGGAGAACCAGACUGAAGGGCUGCUUGAUUACUUCGACCUGGCAGACGAAGCUUCCUCCAACCAACCUGCCUCUGCUGGAUCCGGCCGUUCGAACCCUCGCUCAAACCCCCACUCUGCCGUUGGUCUCUCAAGCUCUACGAACCCUCCCUCUCCUCUCCAACACACCGCAGAAGACCUUCUGAACCUUCUUCGCCCGAGCUCUGAAUCAACCGCUACUCGCAUUAACCGUCUUCGACGUCGCCGGGAACCUUCUGCGGAGAGACCAGAUCCUCCUGACAGCUUGCCCAGAAGUAACGGUUCCGGAUACAGCGGAGGUAGUCAUCACGCCUCUCAAGACUCCCUCUUAUACCAAACAUCACAUUCGCUAGAGAACGAGAGGCCUCUUACUAAACGGAGGCGCCUGGCCGACAAUAUGAAGCCGGACGGAGCAGCAUCGACGUCAAACACCAACGGUUACUCGCCAAUAACGAACGGGGCCACGAGCGCCUCAAAAAAGGCCGCCAUGUCAAAUAUCCUCAACGGCCGGUCUCCACACUCGCCAGCACAAUUCCAGACGAAUGGUACGUCUGAUCCAUCCUCGUCACCCACAUACUACGGCCAUAGUAGAGAAGAGGUUACGAGAAUAUUGAUUCAAAGUUUAUAUGAUCUGGGGUAUCCUGAUGCGGCCACCACUCUGUGUCGUGAGAGUAAAUACGAACUGGAGAGUGGCGCAGUGGCUGCGUUUCGGUCAUGUGUAGUGGAUGGAGAAUGGGCUGAGGCAGAGCGAAUUCUCUUAGAGUCGUUGUAUGAAGACGAAAAGAGCAUGGCAAAUGGAAAACAGCGAUCAGGAAAUCACGGCUUGGUUUUAGCUAAGGAUGCGGACAAGAAUGAAAUGCUGUUUUGCUUGAGGCAACAGAGGUUUCUUGAGCUACUUGACCGGCGGGAUCUCGCAACUGCACUCAUGGUUUUACGGAACGAGCUUACCCCUCUGAACCACGAUAUCUCUAGACUCCAUGCACUUUCAAGUUUAUUGAUGUGUCCGCCUGAAGACCUUCGUGCGCAGGCAGGACUUGAAGCGUCGGUGAUUAGCUCUAGACAGAAGCUACUUGACGUGCUUUCAAAAUCCAUUUCUCCUUCGGUUAUGAUUCCCCAGCAUCGCCUAGCAGCUUUACUCGAUCAGGUUAAACAAGGCCAGAUCAAUCGUUGUUUAUACCACAAUACUGCAGAAACGCCUUCACUCUAUUCCGAUCAUAUGUGUGACCGUGCUCAAUUUCCUAGAGAAGCCGUAACAGAGCUCAGUCACCACACUGAUGAAGUGUGGUAUUUGGAGUUUUCCCAUGAUGGUACAAAGUUAGCUACCGCCAGUCGCGAUCGAUCUGUGAUCAUUUACGACGCAAAAACUUUCAAUCUUCUACAUAGAUUGGAAGACCACACUGGCCCCGUCGCCUUCACGACUUGGAGCCCGGACGAUACCAAAUUGAUCAGUUGCUGUCAGGACUAUAGAGCCCGGUUAUGGGACGCGGAUACGGGUCGGUGUAUUCUUACUAUCAAUCAUCACCAUGAACCUGUUACCUCUGCUGCGUGGGCUCCCGAUGGCGAAACCUUUGUCACCUGUUCUCUUGACCAGCAAUCCCAGUUAUGUCUCUGGGAUACUCAAGGAACUGCACUUUAUACCUGGCCUGGCUCCUCGCGAAUUAGAGACUGCGCCAUCUCCCCGGAUGGGAAGCGACUGAUUGCCAUCUCGAUAGAGAGGAGGAUUCACGUAUACAACUUUCAAACUCGGGAAGAAGAGUAUAGUAUUCUUCUGAAGCUUGAUCUUACGUGUAUCAAUAUUACUCGAGACUCCAGGUACAUGCUGGUCAACAUGUCUGAAGGUGAAAUUCAACUUCUCGACAUCGAAACCACAGAUGUGGUUCGCCAAUAUUCGGGCCAAAAACAAGCCAAGUUCAUCAUCCGGGGCAGCUUUGGCGGUGCCGCAGAAAAUUUCAUUGUGAGUGGGAGUGAAGAUUCGAAAAUCUAUAUCUGGCAUAAGGAAAACAGCACUCUGGUUGAGACUCUUGAGGGUCAUUCAUCCGGCUGUGUUAAUGCGGUGGCAUGGAACCCUAAGGACUCUGGAAUGUUUGCGUCGGCUGGUGAUGACAGAAAAGUCAAAAUGUAA